AUGUUCCCACAGAUGUCUCCGUCCUUUUACAAUCACACCAAUCCCCAGGAGAUGUGGUAUGUCUUGAUCGGAAUCCCAGGAUUGGAAGAUUUGCACACCUGGAUCUCCAUCCCUAUCUGUUCUAUGUACAUUGUGGCCGUCGUAGGCAAUAUCUUCUUGAUCUUCCUGAUUGUGACUGAGAGCAGUCUCCAUGAGCCCAUGUAUUUCUUCCUUUCCAUGCUGGCCUUUGCAGAUGUCUUGCUCUCCACGACCACAGCCCCCAAGAUGCUGGCCAUCUUCUGGUCCCAUUCCAUGAAUAUAUCCUUUGCUAGCUGUGUAUCCCAGAUGUUCUUCAUACAUUUCAUCUUUGUAGCAGAAUCUGCUAUUCUCCUGGCCAUGGCAUUUGACCGCUACGUGGCCAUCUGUUACCCACUGAGAUAUACCACAAUUCUAACCUCCUCUGUCAUUGGAAAGAUUGGCAUAGCAGCUGUGGUCAGGAGCUUUAUCAUAUGCUUUCCAUUCAUUUUCUUGGUAUACCGACUUACAUAUUGUGGGAGAAACAUCAUUGCCCAUUCCUACUGUGAGCACAUGGGCAUUGCCAGGUUGGCAUGUGACAGUAUCAAUGUCAACAUCAUUUACGGCCUGACUGUGGCCCUACUCUCUACAGGACUGGAUGUAGUGUUCAUCAUUAUGUCCUACACGAUGAUCCUUCUCACAGUGUUUCAGAUACCUUCUUGGGCUGCCAGAUGCAAGGCCUUUAACACAUGUGGUUCCCACAUUUGUGUCAUACUUAUGUUCUAUGCCCCAGCAUUCUUUUCAUUUUUUGCGCAUCGCUUUGGGGGUAAGACCAUCCCUCACCACAUACACAUUCUAGUGGCCAACCUCUACGUGGUAGUGCCUCCUAUGCUCAACCCUAUCAUUUAUGGGGUGAAGACCAAACAGAUUCAAGAUCGAGUGAUUUUGCUCUUCUCCUCUAUUAGCACAUGCUGUUAA